AUGGAAACACCAACCCGAUUGGAGAAACUGAAAGAAGAAAAAGUAGUUGUGGAAGAUGAGAAUGUUGUGAUUCAAACACAGCCAGAAAAAGAAGAAGAAGGUCAUCCUUAUGCAUUUCAUGUUUCCGGUCCUCGUAAUUUGGUUAAUCUUAACUGGAGAGAUCUUAUCAGCUCUAGUUGGAAGGAUGCAAAUUACAAAAGAACAGUCAUUGCUUGUUUUAUUCAGGCGGUAUACUUGCUCGAACUCGAUCGACAGGAGAAUAGACAACCAGAAAACGCUCUAGCGCCAAACUGGUGGAUUCCCUUCAAGUACAAGCUAACAAAAACACUGAUAGACGAAAGAGACGGUUCAAUUUUCGGCGCAAUACUCGAAUGGGACAGAUCCGCGGCAAUGUCUGAUUUAGUAUUAAUCAGACCAAGUGGUGCACCGAAAGCUGUUUUAGCACUACGAGGAACAUUACUCAAAAGCCUCACAAUGCGAAGAGACAUCGAAGACGACCUUCGGUUCCUCGCUUGGGAAAGCUUAAAAGGUUCCGUAAGAUUCAAAGUAGCUCUAGAAACACUAAAAGCAGUUUCCAAUGCAUAUGGAAGUAGCAAUGUUUGUGUAGCAGGACAUUCAUUAGGAGCUGGUUUCGCGCUUCAAGUCGGAAAAUCAUUAGCGAAAGACGGUAUCUAUGUAGAGACGCAUCUAUUCAAUCCGCCGUCUGUUUCAUUAGCUAUGAGUCUAAGAAACAUUGGUGAAAAAGCCGAAUUAGCUUGGAGGAGAAUCAAAUCGAUGAUCCCUUCACGCAACGAAGAAGCUAAUAACAUCAAUAACGACGAAAACAGAAAGAAGAACAAGAAUUGGAUGAUGCCAUGGUUAACUAGCUUGAAGAAUAAUGGUUUUGGUGUUGGAAAAUGGGUUCCUCAUCUUUAUGUGAACAAUAGUGAUUAUAUAUGUUGUUCUUAUAACGAACCUGAUAGAUCGAACGAGAAAAAUGAAGGUGGUGGUGAUAGUAAUAAGGAGGAUGUUGGUCCGAAUAACAAUGGUUGUCAUGUUUCUGCAAAGCUGUUUGUUGUGAAUAAGGAAAAGCAGAAGUUUCAUGAAGCUCAUGGAUUGGAACAAUGGUGGUCUAAUGAUUCAUCACAGCUUCAGCAGACUAUUCAUACUAGUAAACUCAUAAGCAGGCAGCUUAAAUCUUUGUAUACAAAUGGUGGUGGUGGUAGUGGAAGUGGUUCUUCUUCUUCUCAAGUUUUGCAGGGAAAGACAAGUAAAUAA